GGACCUGUACAAGGAGGCCAUGAUGGAGGAGCACCAGCCUCUUAUAUCACAGGCAGAAAAUUCCCUUAAGAAUUCUGAGGGAAACUUCAUGUUGUCACUAAAUUAUAAAGUGGAAGAUGAAGACAACAUGCAGUGCUCUUCAGGAGAAAACCUUAAUGUACCUCCAGGACUUCACAGUUCAGAUAUGUCAUAUAAUCCCUCUGUUCAUGAGAAAUCUUCAGACCAAUCACAGAUUGCUAUCACAAGUGCUGGUCAGAAAGGAGGUGAAAGGUUUCAAGAGAUCACAAAAAGAUCAAGUCUUUCUACAGACAGAAGAAUUCGCACACGGGAGAAGCCGUAUUUCAUGUCCAAAAUGUGGGAAAUAUUUUGCAUAUAAAUCAGCGCUUGUUCGACAUGAGAGAAGUCACACAGGAGAGAAGCCGUAUUCAUGUUCAGAAUGUGGGAAAUGUUUUACAGUUAGACAAACUCUUGUUAAACAUUCGCUACGUCACACAGGAGAGAAGCCCUAUUCAUGUUCAGAAUGUGGGAAAUGUUUUAGUGAGAUCUCAAGGCUUAUUAAACAUAAGAGAGUUCAUACAGGAGAGAAACCGUAUUCAUGUUCAGAAUGUGGCAAAUGUUUUACGCAUAAAUCAAGUCUUAAUGUACAUCAGAGAUGUCACAGAGGAGAGAAACCGUAUUCAUGUUCAGAAUGUGGGAAAUGUUUUAAUGAUAAAUCAAAUCUUGUUGCACAUCAGAGACGUCACACAGGAGAGAAGCCGUAUUCGUGUUCAGAAUGUGGGAAAUGUUUUCCAUAUAAAUCAAAUCUUUUUAUACAUGAGAGAAGUCACGGAGAGAAGCGGUAUUCAUGUUCAGAAUGUGGGGAAAGUUUUAAACUUAAACAAACUCUUAUUAAACAUGCGCUACGUCACACAGGAGAGAAGCCGUAUUCAUGUUCAGAAUGUGGGAAAUGUUUUAUACAGAAAUCAACGCUUGUUCGACAUGAGAGAAGUCACACAGGAGAGAAGCCGUAUUCAUGUUCAGAAUGUGGGAAAUGUUUUACAGUUAGACAAACUCUUGUUAAACAUGCGCUACGUCACACAGGAGAGAAGCCCUAUUCAUGUUCAGAAUGUGGGAAACGUUUUAGUGAGAUCUCAACUCUUAUUAGACAUAAGAGAAUUCAUACAGGAGAGAAACCGUAUUCAUGUUCAGAAUGUGGGAAAUGUUUUACACAUAGAUCAAGUCUUGAUGUACAUCAGAGAAGUCACAGAGGAUUGAAACCGUAUUCAUGUUCAGAAUGUGGGAAAUGUUUUAGUGAGAUCUCAGGUCUUGUUACACAUGAGAGAAUUCACACAGGAGAGAAACCAUAUUCAUGUUCAGAAUGUGGGAAAUGUUUUAUACAGAAAUCAAGUCUUGUUAAACAUGAGAGAAUUCAUACAGGAGAGAAACCGUAUUCAUGUUCAGAAUGUGGGAAAUGUUUUACACAGAAAUCAGGUCUUAUUACACAUGAGAGAACUCAUACAGGAAAGAAGCCGUAUUCAUGUUCAGAAUGUGAGCAAUCUUUUACGCAAAAAUCUGAUCUUGAUAGUCAUGAGAGAAAUCAUAGAAGAGUAAGGAUACGAUCACAAUUCCAGAAUUUAGACUUUGAUUUCGAUUCCAAUUAAAGAAUGACAUUAUUCGAUAAAUAAAAUAACACAGAGAAAUACCCACAGUAACCCCAUGUUGCCCAUUAAGUGGCACUUACUAUUAAUAUGAGGCACAAGGAAGUACAAAUUAAUAAAACCAAGUACCUCACAUUAAUAGUAACACAAUCAAAUACCUUCUCACAUAAUGGGCAACAGGAUUAAUAUGUGGAGGUACAUGAUGGAAUUAAUUAACAAUUAAUGUAAUGCACAUGGAAGCCCAAAUUGAUAAAACCAUGUGCCUCACAUAGUAAGACUAUUAAGUGCGUCCUCACGUAAUUAACACGAGAUUAAAAUGGUUGUGCAGCAAUAUAUAUUGAUGACCUAUCCUCAAUAAGCCCAAUCCAUACGCGGCUGGUGCUGGAUAUAUAAUACAGCCGGCAACUUGCUACAAUGACUGGGAACAGCAAUCGCACCGAACCCUGUCACUUAACCACUUGUAAUGACCCGGAGUUGGGCCUUUACCACUUUUACACCCAACUACUGUUUCUGAUGGUUAACUUAAUGCAUUUAUGUCAUGUCUUUCACACUGUGCGUAUGCAUUCCUAUGAAACUGUUAAUGUAAUAACCUGGUUCAGCAGCAGACUUAUCAGAGCUACUUAGCAGAGAAGGGAACUUAUCUUUCCUUUCUCUCUCCCUGUAAGGAGGGGAGGUUCUAGUUAGUAGGAGUCAGUUUCAACUUCCCCCCUCCUGGGGACAGGUUGUAUGGAGUUAGAGGAUCUCCCUGUUGGGAGAAGGAAGCAGCAGGCCCGUGUCCCUGUUGGACAUGUGGCUUGCCUAGGCCAACAGAGCAACGUUUGGCUCUUCUGGGCAUUAAGGCUAAAGCCUAGAGCUUCACAAGCCAGGAAGAAGUUCCGCUGGAUUUACAGAUAAGGAUACAGACUCAAGAUAGAAGUCGCAAGAUAGAAUUUUUAUUUAAUAUUGCCAGCAUAGCAGAGCUGAGAAAGUACAGAUACAGCAGAGAAGAGUUUGUUGCAGAAGUUGUUGCCUGCCACAGUCAAUGCUAAAAUCUGUUAGGAAUCGAGCUAAAGUCUGGAAACUGUUUGGAUUACCGUUUAUUGAAAGUAAAGCUGCAUUUGAACUUCA